CCCAGCGCCUGGUGAUCGAAUGGAUCCUGUACAAACAAACAUUGUUUAUCAUUGAUUCAGAUAAACAUUCACAAAAUGACUCUCGAUAUUCCCUUCUCGUUUGCAACCUGUUCUAUUGGGAAGCCUACGGACAGUCUGCCCGCGAAGCUGCAGGCGCUGUCCGAGGCGGGGUUCAAGGCGGUGGAACUCGCCUAUCCGGACAUUUUGCAGUAUGCGAAAGAGAUUCGGGGGGAGACAGCAGAAGAUGAUUAUGAGGGGUUACGGGAGGUGGCCAAGGAAAUUCGGGGGGUGUGCGAUAAGAUGGGCGUCCAAGUGAUGAUGCUGCAGCCGUUUGCCAACUUUGAGGGCUGGCCGGAGGGAAAAGAGCGCGAGGAUGCCUUCAAGCGGGCGGAGGGAUGGAUGAGUUUGAUGGAGGUAUUGGGGUGUGAUUUGUUGCAGGUCGGCUCCACCGACACCCCCCUCUCCAACCUCACAACCCACCCCUCCCUCCGAACUGCCAUCAUCCGCGAUCUCCAGCAACUCUGCGACCUCCUGGCCACCAAGAACAUGCGUCUUGCCUACGAAAACUGGUGCUGGUCGAGCCACAGCCCGGACUGGUCGACCCUCUACUCGCUCCUCACCGAGGUCAACCGCCCGAACAUGGGUCUCUGCCUGGAUACUUUCCAGACCGCCGGCUCCGAAUACGGGGACCCAACCACGUCCGACGGGUUGAUCGAGACGACCGACGGGAAGGCAAACCUCUCGGCCGCGGAGAAGUUCAAGGCGAGUAUGGCGCGGCUGGCCAAGACGAUCCCCGCCGAGAAAAUCUAUUUGCUGCAGGUGUCGGAUGCGUACCUCCCACACCCGCCGCUGGAGGAUACGGUGGUGGAUGGGAUGCGACCGCGGGCGCGAUGGAGUCAUGAUUUCCGUCCCCUGCCGUACACUGAAGGCGGGUAUUUGCCGAUCGAGGAGGUGGGGAGGGCGGUGCUACAGACGGGGUUCAGGGGGUGGUUUUCGAUGGAGGUGUUUGAUGGACGGAGGAGAGAGGUUCCGCUUCAGGAGUAUGCCAGGGAGGGGAUGCGGAGUAUGCGCAAGUUUGUGGAGCGGUGUUCGUGAUGAUCAUGGAUUGAUUCUUUGUACUAGUACUACAGUAUAUAUCAUAUGGUACAGGAGUGGGGUGGUAGUAGUAAUGUAUAUGUUUA